AUGGAAGAAACGACAUGGGAACAAAGACACCAUGCCCUAACUCACAUCCUAACCCACCAUACAACCACCCCAUCUCUCCAUGCCCAAUUCUUCAUCGCCACACAAAUCCCAUGUUACCUCGAUUGGGAAUACCCUCCAAUCCUGUGCCCUAAACACCAUGAAUUCCGAUGGGCUUUAAGUCUUUUCAUGAAAAGGGUAUCGGUGAAGAAAGCAUCUUGGAGGUCAAAGUGCCCUUAUCAACUACCCCAACCCUUGGUGCUUGCGAAAGGCGUAGAAGAACCAAAAUGGGGUGAAGAAGAUAAGAUACAGUAUGUGAAGAAGAGACUUAGAAGGAAAAGACUCCAUAAACCUUAUACUUUCAUGUCGUGGUGUUAUAAUCCUCGAGUCCCUAAUAUCGCAUGUAAGCUCACCAAAGGAGCCGCGAUCAAAAUCGAGCUAAAGAGGUUCCACCACAACGAUCCGAUUAGGCGGAGAAUUAGGGUUAAGAUGAAGAUGAGUAAGGAGAGUAAAGGAGGAGAGGAAGUCAUCGAACCAUGGACGGAUUGUGUGGAGGAUUUCGGCGGUGGUGUUGUAGGUGUUGGUAGAGUUGACGCCUGGUGUCAUUGUGUGAGGGAAGGGGAAUUGGUUGGAUAG